ACGUGACAAAAACUGAGCGGUGAUUGGCUGAAGGAAAAAUUAGCUCAGUUGUCAUCUGACCAUAUUUCUACUUUCUUAUUGGUCGAAACAUAAGAGUAUCGAUUGAGAUAUAAACAGAUGUCACGUGAUUUACAAAAUGGCGACACACUGUGAUUUUGACGCCCUUUCGGCCCUUCUUCAGGCAUCUUCUAAGGAUGUGGUGUUACGGAUCUGUAAUGAGUCCUUUAUACACAGAGACAAAUCCCAAUGUUCUGACAGUGUGUUAGCCAGUGUGGGGGACGUCCUCUCUAUCGACCCACACAAGAGUAGACAGUUGGUGCGGUCUCUUGGUGCCUUGUUAAAGACAGCAGUAUUCCAUGGAGACACGACCCCCUCCAGUCUACAGGCUCUAUUUCCCAGUAAUUUUCACAAAAAUCUGAGAGAUUUGUUGGUAAAAACAAUGAUGGAAAAUAUGAACAGCUGGAGAAACAGUGCCUUAAAUAACCAGGUGUCCUUGCCACGCCUGGUAGACUUCGACUGGAGAGUUGAUAUCAAGACUUCCUCAGACACCAUCACAAGGAUGUCUGUCCCAACAUGUGUCCUACAAAUGAAGGUACAAGAAAAUGCUACAGAAGUGGAUCAAAUCCCAGAGGUUGAACAUGUUAAUGUAGAACUGUCUAAAGAAACACUGGACACCAUGUUGGAUGGACUAUCUAAAAUUCGUGACCAGUUGUCCUCAGUAGCUAAACGGUGACACACCCUCACUUUCAUGACUCAUCAAGUUGUCACCAAAAAUCAUCUGUGUUGAAUAUUCAUGUCUCCAAAGAAAUAUGGAAGUGCUGAGAGGACAGAAAAAUUCAUGUUACAGAACUUGAUGGCUGUACACUACAAUCACAUGUAUUUGUAAAAUUGGAGAGCAUAGGUCAUCUUACUAGCUCAGGCUAGCGUGAAUUUCUCACCAGUCUAAUGGUUGGAUGUUGGUUCAGAGAGCGAGAGGUUGCUAGUUCAAGUCCCAGCAUGGACAGGACAUUUUCCAUCACUCAUUCCUAUUACACACUCAUUAUAUGUGGA